AUGGGUCCCACACAGUGGGACUUCCCUGUGGAAUUAUGCUGUCGGCCGAUGGCCUUUGUCACUCUCACCGGCCUGGAUGUGGUGUACAACGCCGUCCAUCGAGCCGUCUGGGAUGCUUUCUGCGCCAAUCGGAGGGCUGAUCGGGUACCGAUCUCUUUCAAGGUGCUCCCCGGUGACCAUGAGUAUCCCAAAUGCAGACCCAAGAGAACCUCCUACGAGUGGUACAUCCCGAAGGGGAUCCUGAAGACGGGCUGGAUGAACAAGCACCUGAACCUGGUGCCGGCCCUGGUGGUGGUGUUCUACGAGCUGGACUGGGACGAGCCGCAGUGGAAGGAGAAGCAGUCCGAGUGCGCGACCCGCGUGGAGAUCGUCAGGCAGAGUUUGCAAGGGAGAAACACAAAAGUGGCCGUGGUUCUGAUUCAGAAGAAAACCCCGUUACCUCCAGGAGAGGACGUGAUGGCUUCAGAAAGGGCUGCAGCUCUGUGUAAUGCCUGUGAACUCUCAGGAAAAUCUUUGUUUGUCCUGCCCCACACUGACCACCUGGUGGGGUAUAUUAUAAGAUUAGAAAAUGCCUUUUAUGAACAUGCACAGACCUAUUACUACACAGAAAUCAGAAGAGUGAAAUCUCAUAAAGAAUUUUUGAAUAAAACAACACACCAGCUUUUAUUUGUUAGACAUCAGUUUAAAAUAGCUUUCUUCAGUGAGUUGAAACAGGAUACACAAAAUGCGCUGAAGAAUUAUCGGACCGCCUACAAUCUUGUACAUGAAUUGAGAGCCCAUGAAACUAAUAUUCUGGAAAUUAAGACUAUGGCAGGAUUUAUAAACUACAAGAUCUGUAGACUGUGUUUUCAACACAACACCCCAUUGGAUGCAAUUGCUCAGUUCCGAAAACACAUCGACUUGUGUAAGAAAAAAAUCGGAAGCGCGGAGUUGGCCUUUGAGCAUGCUGCAUGGAUGUCUAAACAAUUCCAGGCCUUUGGAGAUUUAUUUGAUGAAGCUAUUAAGUUAGGGUUGACAGCUAUUCAAACUCAGAAUCCCGGUUUCUAUUACCAGCAGGCAGCGUACUAUGCCCAGGAGCGGAAGCAGCUCGCAAAAACCCUCUGCAGCCACGAAGCUGCGGUGACGUAUCCCAGCCCUGACCCGUUGGAAACACAGACAGGCGCUCUGGACUUCUACGGACAGCGGUCCUGGCGGCAAGGAGUACUGAGUUUUGACCUUUCGGAUCCUGAAAAAGAGAAGGUGGGAAUUCUUGCCAUUCAGCUGAAGGAGAGAAAUGUGGUUCACUCGGAAAUAAUAAUAACUCUUCUGAGCAAUGCUGUUGCGCAGUUUAAGAAGUACAAGUGUCCGAGAAUGAAAAGUCAUCUCAUGGUCCAGAUGGGAGAGGAAUAUUACUAUGCAAAGGAUUACACCAAAGCUUUGAAGUUGCUGGACUAUGUGAUGUGUGAUUACCGGACCGAAGGCUGGUGGACUCUGCUCACGUCGAUACUGACAACAGCUCUCAAGUGUUCUUACCUGAUGGCCCAGUUGAAGGACUACAUUACCUAUUCCCUAGAACUCCUUGGAAGGGCUUCAACGCUGAAAGAUGACCAGAAGUCUCGGAUAGAGAAGAACCUCAUAAAUGUUUUAAUGAACGAAAGCCCCGAGCCUGAGCCGGACUGUGACGGCGCCGCCGUGAAAACCGCGCAGAAGCUGUGGGCGGACCGGAUCUCGCUGGCCGGCAGCAACGUGUUCACCAUCGGAGUGCAGGACUUUGUGCCGUUUGUGCAAUGCAAAGCCAAGUUCCACGCCCCCAGCUUCCACGUCGAUGUUCCCGUGCAGUUUGACAUCUACCUGAAGGCUGACUGUCCGCAUCCCAUCCGGUUCUCCAAGCUCUGCGUCAGCUUCAAUAACCAGGAAUACAACCAGUUCUGUGUGAUCCAGGAAGCAUCCAAAGCAAGUGAAGUUUUAGAAAACUUGACUCAGGGGAAGAUGUGCUUAGUUCCUGGUAAAACAAGGAAGUUUGUAUUCAAAUUUAUUGCAAAAACUGAAGAUGUGGGAAAGAAAAUUGAGAUCACCUCCGUGGACCUGGUCCUGGGCCACGAGGCGGGCAGGUGCGUGGUGCUGAACUGGCAGGGCGGAGGGGGAGACGCCGCCUCCGCCCAGGAAGCCCUCCAGGCCUCGCGCUCCUUCAAACGGCGGCCCAAGCUCCCGGACAGCGAGGUGCACUGGGACAGCGUGCUCGUGCAGGCCAGCACCAUGGUCAUCUCCAGGGUCCCCAACAUCUCGGUGCACCUGCGGCACGACCCACCCGCCCUGACCAGCGAGAUGUACCGGCUGGUGGUGACGGUGCAGUCCCACGAGAAGACCCCGAUCCGCGACCUGAAGCUCACGGCUGGCCUGAAGCCCGGGCAGGAUGCCAACCUGACUCAGAAGACGCAGGUGACGCUCUGCGGGACGGAGCUGUGUGAUGAGUCCUGCCCGGCGCUGCUCACCGACAUUCCCGUGGAGGACCUGCGCCCCGGGGAGCAGCUGGAAAAAACAUUAUACAUCCGCUGUGGAACAGUGGGUUCCAGAAUGUUCCUCGUGUACGUUUCUUACCUGAUCACGACAACCAUUGAAGACAAGGAAAUCAUCUGCAAGUGUCACAAGGAUGAAACCGUGACGAUAGAAACGGUCUUCCCGUUCGAUGUAGCGGUUAAAUUUGUUUCCACGAAGUUUGAGCACCUGGGGAGAGUGUAUGCCGACAUCCCCUUCCUGCUGAUGACGGACCUGCUGAGCGCCUCCCCCUGGGCCCUCACCAUCGUCUCCAGCGAGCUCCAGCUCGCGCCCACCAUGGUGUCUGUGGGCCAGCUGGAGUCCCAGGUGGACAGAGUUGUCUUGCAGACCGGAGAGAGCGCGAGCGAGUGCUUCUGCCUGCGGUGCCCGGCGGCGGGGACCGUGGACGGCGGCGUGGCCACGGGGCACUACGUCAUCUGCUGGAAGAGGACCUCGGCCGGGGACGGCCUCCCUGCCAUCAGCACCGUCAUCACCCUGCCACACGUGAUCGUGGAAAACAUCCCCCUGCAUGUGAGCGCAGACCUGCCGUCGUUCGGCCGCGUCAGAGAGAGUCUGCCCGUCCGGUACCGCCUGCAGAACAAGAGCAGCCUGGUGCAGGACCUGGAGGUGUCCGUGGAGCCCAGCGACGCCUUCAUGUUCUCGGGCCUGAAGCAGAUUCGAUUACGGAUCCUGCCGGGCACCGAGCAGGAAAUGUUAUACAACUUCUACCCUCUCAUGGCCGGGUACCAACAGCUGCCGUCUCUCCGCAUCACUGUGCCGAGGUUUCCCAGCUUCACAAGCCAGCUGCUCCGGCGCUUCAUUCCCACCAGUAUUUUUGUCAAGCCACAGGGCCGGCUCGGGGACGACGCCUCCAUCGCUGCUGCAUGA